AUGCACGUGCGCUCGCCCUGCGCCGCGGCGCCCCGCAGCUUCGUGGCGCUCUGGGCGCCCCUGCUCCUGCUGCGCUCCGCCCUGGCCGACUUCAGCCUGGACAACGAGGUGCACUCGAGCUUCAUCCACCGGCGCCUCCGCAGCCAGGAGCGGCGGGAGAUGCAGCGCGAGAUCCUCUCUAUCCUGGGCUUGCCCCACCGCCCGCGCCCGCACCUCCAGGGCAAGCACAACUCGGCGCCCAUGUUCAUGCUGGACCUGUACAAUGCCAUGGCGGUGGAGGAGGGCGGCGGGCCCGACGGCCAGGGCUUCUCCUACCCCUACAAGGCCGUCUUCAGCACCCAGGGCCCCCCUCUGGCCAGCCUGCAAGACAGCCACUUCCUCACCGACGCCGACAUGGUCAUGAGCUUCGUCAACCUCGUGGAGCAUGACAAAGAGUUCUUCUAUCCACGUUACCACCACCGGGAGUUCCGGUUCGAUCUCUCCAAGAUCCCAGAGGGGGAAGCUGUGACUGCAGCCGAAUUCCGGAUCUACAAGGACUACAUUCGGGAGCGCUUCGACAACGAGACGUUCCGGAUCAGCGUUUACCAGGUGCUGCAGGAGCCCCAGGACUCCAGCCUUGACUACCUGUUCCUGCUGGACAGCCGCACCCUCUGGGCCUCGGAGGAGGGCUGGCUGGUGUUCGACAUCACAGCCACCAGCAACCACUGGGUGGUCAACCCACGACACAACCUGGGCCUGCAGCUCUGCGUGGAGACCUUGGACGGGCAGAGCAUCAACCCCAAGUUGGCGGGCCUGAUCGGGCGGCACGGGCCCCAGAACAAGCAGCCCUUCAUGGUGGCCUUCUUCAAGGCCACGGAAGUCCACCUCCGCAGCACGCGCUCCACGGGCGCCAAGCAGCGCAGCCAGAACCGCUCCAAGACGCCCAAGAACCAGGAAGCCCUGCGGGUGGCCAACGUCGCAGCAAAAAACAGCAGCAGCGACCAGAGGCAGGCCUGCAAGAAGCACGAACUGUACGUCAGCUUCCGCGAUCUGGGCUGGCAGGACUGGAUCAUCGCUCCCGAAGGCUAUGCCGCUUACUACUGUGAGGGGGAGUGUGCCUUCCCCCUGAACUCCUACAUGAACGCCACCAACCACGCCAUCGUGCAGACGCUGGUCCACUUCAUCAACCCCGAAACGGUGCCCAAGCCAUGCUGUGCCCCCACUCAGCUCAACGCCAUCUCUGUCCUCUACUUCGACGACAGCUCCAACGUCAUCCUGAAGAAAUACAGAAACAUGGUCGUCCGAGCCUGUGGCUGCCACUAG